ACCACAAAGCGUCCGCUCCGCUGUGCUUUUUCGUGCAUUGCCUGAAUAAGAAAAGGCUAAAUUUGAAAAUCUUGGCAUCAGCCUCCAUUAAACAAAGUUGGUUUAACAACCGACAUACCGAAAAAGUUCGUUUGUCUCUCGCAUAUUUGAACUUGCAUAUCGAUAGUGUGUCUGUUAUUAAAUAGAUAGACAGUGUUCGAGCAAAAAUUGACGAAGAUGGUGCUGCCCAUACCUGACCAGGUGGUUACACCCACAGCCGUGUCAUCCAGAUUGUUUUCGAAGGGCUGGUGGAGAAAGAUUCUGCACAGGAACAGUGUCGACCAUACGCGUGUUGUCAAUUCCAUACCCAAUUCAAUGUCCGAUCAACUGCGUAGCAAAAGUAAAAAGCCAGGACGAAUUAGUCGAGUCUCCUUAUUUCCGAUACAUUUCAUGAAAGUUACCGACAAAGGUGACUCGAACCUCGAGAAUCUACCUAAUACACCGACUCAAGACACGGUUCGUUUCUCCCGUGCAAAAAAAGAGAUCAAGUGCAGCGACUGUGGUCGGAAGUUCAACUCGGAUCUGGUCAUAUAUCAGCACUGUCGAAUCGAACACGCGGAUACCUUUGUCAUUACCCGCUGUUGCAAUAGCCAGUUCUAUACGUUUCAUGCCAUUGCAAGCCACUCAAUAUAUGGCCAUCAUGGCCAAUACGUCUGCAUUCGGUGCCAUGAAUACUUUGAGCCGAAUCUUUUCGCCGAUCAUCUGGCGAAGCAUGGCGUAAAUGGAGUUUCCAGAUGGAUCUUCUGCAAUGAGUGUGGUCAAUGCUUCACCUCCAAUUCGGACGCAGUAGGUCACUUGAAAGAAGAACAGCAUACACACCGUUACCCUUGUACAAGCAAAUCAUCUCUUGUUCCAUUGCCGCUCGUAUACGAAUGUCGCAAAGAUGGCAUCAAAUCGGGAUUGUCUUCAGGAAGAGUGCCAUCCGUUGUGCCUUGUUUUCCCGUAUCAGCAAGUACUAAAUGCUUAUUUGCUACGUUAUGGAACCUCUGAAAAACCAUCUUCGGAACCCGGCUCAAAUAUAGAAAGAUAGUCCGUGCAGGACCGAUCCCGAUGUUGACUGAUAUCGCGGCCCCCACUGGACGGCCGUACGCAUUUAUCUAUUGAUCGCCAAUUUUGUGUCGAUCUGAUUUUGUUUGAACCAUAAAUCUGUAUUAUAUAUUUAUAAUAUUUAUACACCAAUACAACGAAUAAUGAUUUGAAAGCUACUGGAUAUUCUAGUACGCAUCGUAGUGAAGCCAAUUUGGCAGUUCAACAUUCAACCUAUUAGACAAACGCCUUAUUAUCAAGUGGCGCCAUUUUUGUGAACAGCAGCUUGAAAUACAUGACAAUUUUCAUCAAACACAUACAGGAUGCGUACGUAUGGUUUUGUUCCAGCAGCGUUUUAUUCUGUCACGUGUCACGUAACAAAAAACACGAUAAUGAAUUGGCCGGCCUCCUGUGAUAACUCGUCACUAGCCAAAGGUAGACCUUUACCAUUAUAACAAUAAUGAUUUCAUAUUACCAUAUGGAUACGUUGUAAAAACAAAUGGUCGCUUAUCAAUUAUUUGAUCUUCGCCAUUUAUUACUAGAUGAUAUUUUAUCGGGCGGCGAUGUACAGGCAGCAUCAAUAAAGGCAUU